AUGAGUAGUCUUCUCUAUCUAAGUGUGUCACAGAAUUCAAUAGAGGGAGAAGUUCCAUCAGAUAUUGGAGGACUGAAAGCCAUUGUAGAACUAUAUCUUUACAGUAACCACUUUUCAGGAAUGAUACCAAGCACAUUCGGGGAACUCCAAAACCUGCAGUAUCUUGAUCUGUCCAACAAUUCUUUUUUUGGCCAAAUUCCAUUAUCCUUUGCCAACUUGAUAAGCUUAGAUUACUUGAAUUUGUCUUUAAAUGCCUUGUCCGGUACUAUUCCUAAGUCUUUGGAAAAACUCGCAUACCUUAAAAGCAUUAAUGUUUCAUUUAAUGAUUUAGAAGGUGAAAUACCGAGUGGAGUGUUUGAAAAUUCCACUUUGCAAUCAUUUCUCGGGAACAAAGGUCUUUGCGGAAUGCACAUAUUGGAGAUUCCUGCUUGUGCUAUCACUAAUCCCAGAAAACAAUCAAAGCUUAAGGAGGUUGUGCUAAAAAUUGUUACUCCAGUGGUUAUUGCAUCCUUUCUGAUAUUCUUGUUCGUUUCAAUUUGGAUAAUGAAACGACAGAGAAAGGGAUGUGAGGGAAGCUCUGGCUCUGUGUACAAAGGAACAUUGUUUGGUGGAACUGCAGUGGCCAUUAAGGUUCUCGAUUUGGAAAAUGAGCAAGUAUGCAAGAGGUUUGAUACCGAAUGCGAAGUGAUGAGAAAUGUUAGACACAUAAAUCUUGUUUCAGUGAUUACUACAUGUUCUAAUGACUAUAUAAGAGCCUUUGUUCUGCAAUUUAUGCCCAAUGGAAGUCUUGAGAAUUGGCUGUACAAAGAAGAUCGCCACUUGAACCUUCAUCAAAGAGUCACUGUAAUGCUUGAUGCAGCUAUGGCAGUUGAAUAUCUACUUCAUGCAGGGGCAUAUAUAGGAGGGGGUCACCGGGUUCACAUGGAGGUUUUGACGAAAAGAAGGCCAACAGAGGAAGAGAUAUGCAAUGGAAAUCUCGACUUGAGAAAAUGGAUUACACAAUCAUUUUCAGGGAGUAUGAUGGACGUUGUGGAUGCCAAUCUUUUUUGUGAGGAAGAACAAACCACUAGUAAAAGUGAAAUGUGCAUAGCCUCCAUGAUAGAAUUGGCUUUAGAUUGCACAAAGGAAGCGCCACAAUCAAGAGUGACCAUGAAAGAAGUAGUGAAGAGGCUUAACAAAAUCAAGAAUGCAUUUCUAGAAACAUAG